UUUCCGGUGGUGGUCGAUGUAAUCCCGUUUUUAUUACGCAAUCAUCAUUCAUCCAUCAAAUUCAGACUCCUAUUGAUGAAAUUAGGAGUCUCUCUAUCUUCUAUUGACAUAUAUCAGAGCUGUUAAUGUUGUUGAAAGGCUUCAUUUCUUCCACUGAUUGGUUUUGGUUGGUCCAUCGUCUCUUUCCUUUUGCUUUCUUUCAGCCUCUGCGGCGGAUGGGGAUCCCACACCCAACCGCCAAUAGAGAAAUUCCAGACCUUAAAUUUCUGAAAUCAACGGCUCAUUCCAUUGUAUCACGUGAAUCAUGAUUGAUGUAUUUGAUCUGUUAAAAAAGGUUCUUCCAUUACUUUUAUGUUUCAGCUACCUGUAUCUGCAAGCCAUACGAGAAGAAAGAGAGAGUUUCAUUGAUAAACUGUCUAAUCCCACCUAAUUAAAUACCACUUGGAUAAAACAAAUGCAAAGAUGGGUAUACCAUCAAUUGUCUCAAACCUCCCACUAUCAUAUCAUAUGGAUGGAGAAAUAUAGAAAGAAACUUAAGGGCAGGCCAAGAAUGUCGGCUUUUCAACUUAAUAAUUACUUUCAACUUCCAACCUUUAUACUUUUCCAAUGUGGAGUUAUGAGUUAUGACCCUACAAUUACAUAACUUAGGCUUCACUCCUACUCAAGAAGACAACCAAAUAAGAAUAACCCAGAAUGUCUCAUCAUUCAGUUGCAGCAGAGAAGAACUUGCCUUGUCUCUGGUGGAACAAUUUUCCUUUUUUCUCAAUAUCAUCAUCUUCCUGUAUAUGGGCACAAUAAAAGCUCUUCAAUGGAGGUUACCUCUCCCCGUUGUUGUUCUUCUGAUCUGCACUUUUGCUGUUAUGGUUCUUCUGUACAAUGAAAGAAUCAGUCUUGCUUCUGGCGCUAUUUUCACGUUCAAAUCUUGUUCCAAGAGAAUUACAGCUGCAGUAAGAGAUGGUGAGACUACUGAAGAUGAUAUCGUGAACCCGGAAAUAGAUGACAGGUUUGAAUUUGACCCUAAUGAAUGCAGCAUUGCUCAUGGGAAAUGGGUGUUCAAUAGUACAUUCAAGCCAUUAUAUUCGGACACCACAUGCCCAUAUAUCGAUAGGCAAUUCUCUUGUGUUAUAAAUGGAAGACCAGAUUCAGAUUAUCGCCACUGGGAAUGGCAACCUGAUGACUGUAUCUUGCCCAGGUUUAGUCCAAAGCAUGCACUAGAGAAACUCCGAGGGAAGAGGCUAAUGUUUGUGGGUGAUUCUCUGCAAAGAAAUCAGUGGGAGUCAUUUGUCUGUCUUGUUCAAUCCAUCAUCCCAGAUGACCUGAAGUCCAUGAAACGAGGCCGCACUCAUUCUGUCUUCACGGCAAAGGAAUACAAUGCCACGGUCGAGUUCUACUGGGCGCCAUUCUUAAUAGUGUCAAAUUCAGACAACCCCAUUAUAGUAGAUCCAAAGAAGAGGAUAUUAAAGGUGGAUUCAGUUGAGAAGCAUGCUAAGUAUUGGGUAGGCGUGGAUAUUCUUGCAUUUAAUACAUAUGUUUGGUGGAUGAGCAGCCUCAGGGUGAGAGCAUUAUGGGGUUCAUUUGCUAAUGGCGACGACGGAACUGAAGAAUUGGACACAAUGGUUGGUUAUAAAAUAGGAUUAAAGACUUGGGCAAAUUGGGUUGACUCAAAUAUCAACCCAAACAAGACUCGUGUGUUCUUCACCACCAUGUCACCUACGCACACGAGAAGCGAGGAUUGGAACAGGAAAAACGGGACUAAAUGUUUUAACGAGACUAGGCCAAUUACGAAGAAAGGGCAUUGGGGAACAGGUUCUAAUAAGGACAUGAUGAGUGUAGUGACAGGCAUAGUGGAGAAGAUGAAAGUGCCCAUCACUAUGAUCAACAUAACACAACUAUCGGAGUACAGAAUCGACGCUCAUUCAUCGCUCUACGGUGAGUUGGGAGGUAAGUUGUUGACGGAGGAGCAGAAAGCCGAUCCACUUCACUAUGCAGACUGCAUUCACUGGUGCUUACCUGGUGUUCCUGAUACUUGGAAUCAAAUACUUUUAGCACACUUGUAAAAAGAAGAAAUGAGAACAACAAACAACAAAGAAAUGAAGUUUGAGCUCUAAAUGUAUAUGCAUUAUUAUUACUGCAAGAUGUCAAAUUUCAUUACAUCUAGUUUUUGCUAAAUUGUAUUCCAAGAG